UACAUGGUCGUUUUUCUCCGUACGCGUAGGCGGUCGCGCGCGUGCUGUGAAACGACGGCACCGGCACCGUCGCGGCGUCCCUCUCCUACCCAAACGGUGACGGCGACGAUCGCGUACUCGCGGGCAGACCCGGCGCGCGCGUGUAACCGAUCCGCCGGAGAACGGCCGUUACGGUGUCGAGUCGCGGUGCCGUAGUACGAAUAUCAUCGUAGUCAGUGGCAACGUGACCGUUCGCGCACGCCGUUCACUGUCGCGCAUCCGACGAUACACCGGGCAACAACCGCGUAACGACGAUACGUCGCAACACCCGUCGCACUCGUUAUCGUAGAACACACGCGUAUAUUGUAUGAUAUUAAAAGACUUUUAAUAAUAUUGUCGUUAUAUUAUUCUCGCCGGACGGUUUGUCGCCCUUCGUCCGUGUACCCCGGCAGGUUAUACGUCUCACUAAACCGGCCUUAGCCCGUGUUCGACGCGUGUCGUGCCGAUGCGCGUUUCCGCGGCCGUCGCCGACAGCUGCAGUGUUCUUAGCGUUGUUACGAACUAAACGUCCGGUGGCCUUACGCCACAUCGGAUAAUAAUAAUAAUAUCAUCUCGCCGGCGCGUCUCCGACCGCUUUCCCGGCCCGUUCCCGUUAGAGAUCAUCUCUCGCGCGUGUUUGUGGGUGUCUGUGUGUGCGUCUCUAACUGGAUAACAUUAUCGUAGCGCAGUGACCAUGGAGACCGAAGAGAUCACCAAACUCGUAGACGGCAUCUACAAGAAUAUAUUGGAGAAGUUCAAUCCAGGUGCUCGACAAAUGAUAAAUGCAGGAAAGGCAUACCUAAAGGCACUUCACGGAGCUGCUACAGCUUCCAAAGUAUAUACGGACGCUAUAAUGAGAUUGGCAAAACAAUCUCAGCAAGGAACUUGGGGAGGAUCAGCCGAUAUUGGUUCAGCACUUAUGCAGAUCGUUGAGGUUUACAAAGAAAUCCAAUCGCAACAGCUAAAUAUCUUGAAAGCGUUCUACGUGGAUUUACUAGUGCCAUUGGAGACAAAUCUUGAAAAAGAUACCAAAGUAGUGCAGUCUGAACAAAAACGAUUUUUACAACAGCAUAAACAAAGAUCCGAAAGUUAUAGCAAGGCUGCAUCAGCUAUGAAAAAAUGCCGUAAAAAGCAUAAGGUUGGACCCAAAGCAGGAUUGGCCAUGGAUAAAGAAAUUAAGACUAUGCAAAUCCUAGAAGAAGAAAAAAAUAAAUUGGAUAACUUUUGCGAACAAAGUUUGAAAAAUGCCAUGACACAGGAGAGGCGUAGAUAUGGUUUUGUAUUAGAAAGACAGUGUUCGUUGGUUAAACACUGUUUAGCGUAUCAUACCAACACUCAGUCAAUGUACGAUGAACAUCUUAAUGACUGGCUCGACGUGGCUAAGUCUCGUGAACGAUUGCCAGAAUCUGUUGAAACCAUGUUCGCAACAAAACUACGACAAGUAAGCUUCUGGCUGGAUGACGAUAUUAGUUCUCCAAGAAUCGAUGACGAUAGGAUUUCGCUGUCAUCUCAAUUGAGAAAAACGAAAUCAAUGGACGCGUCUUGCUUGGAUGUUCGAGCCCUGAAUGAUAUAUCCAGCCCGGUUUUAAAUUAUCCACUUUCUAGAGCCAAAUCAGAUUUCAAUUUAAACGCAUCAUCGCAGUCUCUGAACAGAAUGGAGAACGGGUCGAGUCCCGGAAAUAAUGGAUCCAGACCAAAGUCGAUGGCUGUAGUCGAUAACGGAUGGGAAUCUCAGGGUGCAAAUCUUGUGCAAGCAACACAUGCUUAUCUAUCGAGCGGUGACAAUCAACUGAGCUUCCACGAAGGAGACACAAUCGCUAUAUCAGGAGAACGGAACAAAGGAUGGCAAUUUGGAGAGAAUUUACGUACUCAGUGCAGUGGUUGGUUCCCGUUAACAUAUACCGAACCGGUACUGGACGACUCGGUAUUUUCUGACUCGCCAUCGUCAUAUCGACGAAAGGACUCCAUGGGCCAGUCAACCGUCUCGAACCAUAACAGAAGUGAAUCAGCAACGAUCGGCAAACAAAACCGUUAUCAAACGACGACACUUACAAGAUUCGGAGAUUCUCUAUCUCACAGGAAUCCAUAUCCAGCACGGUCCAGGGCAAACAGUAGAUCGAAUGGUUACGGGAUCAACCCUCACGGGCCUCCACCUCCGUCGGUUCCGGCUCCAGUAGUGCCCCGACAGUACGGAGGGCACAUACCACCACCAGUCGCAUUUUUCCCACCACCACCGCAGACAUUGCCACCAGCACCCGGUAAACCAAGUGCGGUCGAUAAGAGGACCGGUGGAGUCCAUCACCAACACGGAAACGCGAGCUUGCACAGCAGCAACGAUAGUGGUUUCAGUAACGAUCCACCGCCGGCACCCGAAAUCGACUAUUCGGAUGAUGAAAACGCAAGAACGAUGGUCAAAGAUCCGAAGAAAGGUUCCAAACAGCAAGCGGCGGCGAAUUACAGGUCGUCCGAAGAGGACCGCGGUUACCACCGUCAGGGUCAUCAUCAGAACCAGACGAUGACGAUGACGACUGGCGGCGGCGGCAGCAGACAGUCGACGGGCACGCUGAAAUCGUCGUACAACGGCGGCGGCGGAGGGAUGAACACCGGAAGGCGGAAUACGGGCACGUCGACGAUGAUGCGGCAGAGCACUAGCGUCGGACACCUGUCGUCGUUCGGCGACGGUCUGCAGCAGUCCAGGCAAGCGAAUUCGGCGUACAACGACGACGACGACGACGGGUUCACCGCUCAGGGCAAGAAGAUCAAGAGGACAAAGUCCAUGUGGAAGUUUAAGAAGUCGGGAGGGGCCGACGAAGGGCUGUUGACCGGCAUGUCCAUGUGGAAGCACAGGUCGCUGGUGGACGUGAACGCCGCGGAAGCGGAAGAACAGCAACAGCUGCAACAGCACAACAACUACAACAACAACAACAACAACAACAGUAACAACAAGUCGACGGCGGGCACGCCCGUGGCCAACAAGAAGUUUACGGUGGCCUCGUGCCGGGACAUCGACAUAGCCGGCGGCGGCGGCGACGACGACGACACCCAGACGAUAAUGAACGGCGGCGGCGGCGGCGGGUCGUCGACGAUGCUGCGGCGCGCGACUUACGACAACCGCAACAAACAGCAACCGAUGCAGCAUCGGAGCAGGAGAUCGUCCUCGUCGAGUUUCGGCGGCGGCGACGACUCCGAGUCGUGCAUCGUUGUGGACGACCACUUGAAGAACGUCCGUUCGGCACCGGCGCCCGCCAGCCUGUUGCCCAGGACCCGAUUGAUCAAGCAGACGGCCAACGGCCAGGCGAUCGGCGGCGCCAACGGUCAGUCGCAGUCGGCCGGUCACCACCAUCAGACUUCCAUGACGAUGCCACCCCCGCCGCCUCCGCCGCCCGCAGUCCGUACCGCCACGGCGGACGACGGAUACGCGCAACACGACUCGGACGCGGACAUCCGGUUCGAGAGCUCCAAGCUGCAGACGUUCAAGUACAUCAACGCGACACACAACGACGGAUGGUACGACUCGUGGGGAGAGAAGCGAAAGAAGUAGGAUGCGUUAAAG